AAUACAUUUAAAUGGUAUAAUUAAUCAACAGGAAUUUCGAGAAUCAAUUAAUAAAAUAAAUCGUACAAUUUCUUCAAAUAAAAUUUUAAUAAUUUUCACUAUUGGUUUUUGUUUAACCAUUAUAAUUGGAUUUAUAUUUUUUAUUGUUGGAGGAAUAACAAAUAUUAACUCAGGUAAACAUGGAUUUCCUGUAUUAAUUGGUGUAGGUAUUGCUUUAACUGCAAUCGGACCAAUUAUUUUCGCUUGUGGAUGUUUUAUGAUACAAUCAAGACGAUUAGGACGAUUGCAACAAGUAAUAAGUGAAGAAUCAAUUAAAUAUUCAUCAAGAUUACCAAUAGGAUGUAGUUGGAGAUUAGAUACUUCUAGAGCGUGGUUUCGAGGAUAUGGAUAUCAUCAUAAUACUCAACUUGUUUAUCAUUUGGUUAUUGAUAUUGGUCGUUCUAAUAAUGGAAGAAAUCUAUCAUAUCAAUCGAGUCAAGUUGUUCCUGAUCCAACAUAUUUUUAUGAACAACAAGAUAACUAUACACCUCCACCACCUUAUUAUCAUCAAUUAGCAGCAUUUUGUUCUCAUUGUAAUUAA